AGCGCCAUGGUGAAGCAGUCGGACCGAGCCCCGCUGCUGGACUGGGAGGAGAUCCCGGCGCCCGGUCCGAACCCGGCGGCCCCGCAGCAGCAGCAGCUACCGUCGGGAGCGGCGGACGACAAGAAAAGUUCGCAGCCACCGGGGCGGCACAAGCCGAAGAGGAUCGCGGCCGGCACCGGGUGGAGGACAAGCGGCGGCACCGCGGCCACCACCUUCACACGCAGCCCGACGGGGAGCCUAACAGCUGGGGUGGCCCGCGGGAACGGAAGCCCGGGCCGCCCGCGGACAGAGGCUCUCGGUACGCACGUGCCCUUCCCCGGCCUCUCGACGAGGGACCAGUGGGAGGAGAAGGACCAGAUCGUGUCUGUGUUUGUGGUCACCUUUGAUACCAGAUCAGGGAACAUGGUGGAGUGGUGCCUGCCUCACGACAUCAACCUCGAUGGAGUUGAAUUCAAGUCCAUUGCCAGCGGUUCCCAUCGGAUCGCCGAUGACUUCAUAUAUUUCCGUAAAGGCUGCUACUUUGGGCUGGCCUGCUUCGCCAACAUGCCUGUGGAGAGUGAGCUGGAGCGAGGCGCGAGGAUGAAGUCGGUGGGCAUUCUGUCUCCCUCCUACACUCUGCUUUACCGCUACAUGCACUUUCUGGAGAACCAAGUCAGACACCAGCUGAAAUGUCCGGGCCAGUAUUCUCCGCUGGAGGCCUUCUACGAGGAUAAGAAGGCCGUCCUUCCCCCGACCGGAAAUGGUCUGGUCACCGCUUGCCCGACCUGGAGUGUCACCUCCAUCAACCGCUGCAUGCACCCUGAAAUGAAGAUCACCCACCCGGCUGGCUGCAUGUCCCAGUUCAUCCAGUUCUUCGGGGAGCAGAUCAUGGUGCUGUGGAAGUUUGCGCUGCUGAGGAAACGGGUCCUCAUCUUCUCCCCUCCCCCCAUAGGCGUGGUCUGCUACAGGGUGUACUGCUGUUGCUGCCUGGCCAACGUCUCUCUACCUGGAGUUGGUGUGUCCGUCCCUGAGCUCCGGCCGUUCUUCUACAUCAACAUCGCCGACAUCACCACCCUGGAGACGGAGCAGUCGUACGUGGCCUGUACCACAGAGAAGAUUUUUGAGGAGAAGAAGGAGCUGUACGACGUCUACGUUGAUAACCAGAAUGUGAAGACGCACAGAAGCCAUUUGCAGCCGCUGCUUCGACUGAAUGCGGCCGAUAAGGAGAAGUACAGGAAACUGAGUGAACAGAGGCAGCUGUUGCUUUACUCUCAGGAGGUGGACGGAGACUGCACGACCAAUGAAGAGGAUCUUUUCAUUCUGUUCUUCAUGGAGCUGAACAACCGCAUCUUUCAGACCCUGUCUGACGUGGCGGGGAGCACCGACCCCACCCUCACCGCUGAGCACGUGAGGGCCAUGGGGCUGGAUCCCCAGGGCGACCGCUCCUUCCUGGUGGACCUGCUGGAGGUGUACGGGAUUGACGUCACGCUCGUCGUGGACGGCCUCUGCUGCCCCUGAGCCGCCGCGUCGGCCCGGGAAACUCGGAACGCCACCGGAUGUUUGUGCCUUCGAGGCCCACGCACGCCGAGACGACGUAGACACGGCCUCCACCCGGAGGGACUUCCAUCUGUCGCCCGCUGUCCCCUCCUGGGCGUCUGUUUUCUCUCUUUGUGUGUCUCAUCGGGCCUGUGGAGACUGUUGAGGACCGUUCACGUUGGCACACCGCUCCACGGCGCUGAUGAACACUUUCCCCGUAGACGAUUCCACUUGGCAGCUGCACGGUCGUACAGCCAUUCACAUCUUACGUCGCGCAGUGCUGGUAUAUUUUUUUUUGGGGGGGGGGGGGUUGCGUUGUCAUAACUACUAGUUUGCUCGUGUGCUCUUGUUUAACUUUGUUUCCCAGCUGGAGCUCGUGAUUGGGCCUGCUCCUGCUGCGGGAUGAUUGGUUGUUCUCCUCUGUCACACCGGAGAAGUCGUUGAAACGUUCAGUCCCGUAGCGCUGGGGCGCACAAGGAGAGAUUAACAUUGUGUUGCCGUGGUUUUACUGCUGGAAAUGAAUUUGUGUGCUUCAAAUAGAUUUUUAUAGAAGAAGAUUCUAGGCGUAUUAACAUACUUGGAUGAUAUUAUUGAGUGAAUCGAAUGCUUUUUUGACUACUUUAUUUACCUUUCAAAAAGGGAGCAAUAGAAGUUGUGUUAGUUGAAACCAGCCCUCUUCAUGUAAAUGCAUUUUUUUUCAAUUUUUUACUAUUUCUUUCACAAUUGAAAGUGACGAGGGAGGCUGUUCGCAUAAGAGUGUGAUAUCCUCUUUAAUAACCAGGACGGUUAAUAGUUCUGAAGCUGAGACUGAGCAGAGGAAAGCUGUUAAAUACUUUGAUCACAUUUAACACGAGGGAGAUCCGGUGAUGUGGCGUUCUAGAAACUUCCUGUUUGUGUAACUUUUCUAACCCAAAACGUGACUCCACACCACUAUCUCAUCAUGAAUGCUGCACCUCCUGCAUAUUCCCUGACACACACAUGCUCAUGUUCAGCGGUAUCUUUAUGCUCUGUUUAUGACUAACGGUCUGAGCCAGCAGGGGGUGAUGAAAUGAAGGGGCGUUGUGUGUCUACGGGCUGUCGUUGUUCUUUUAGUUUGCUUCCCUCUAAGCAGAGGCUAGUUCAUCAGCCAAUAGAUGUUGUUGUGACGGUGGCGAGCGAAGAGUCCUCGAUGGAGCCGUCAGUGGUUUUCCUGUUGAUCAGCUUCAAAGAGAUCCUCUCUGCGCCUCCUCUGUGUCCCUGACAAAGAUCUCUUUGUGUUUUUGGAGAUCUGGUCUUGGUCACAGUGAGGGAUGGGCAGACGCUUUAAGAGCCCCCCCCCCCAAUCUGUUUUAGCUGAGUUCUUUUCUUCAGUCCCAUUGAGUGAAUCCAGCUCCCGUGGACCAACGGUGUCUUUUGAAUUAUCCUGGCAGAGUGGUUUUAUUUAAUCCAUCACGUUGCCUAUCAGUCAUGCUUUGUUCCAUGUUGGAACACACGAGGCUGAUGUCUCGUGUACAUUUUGAGUAGCGGUUCUCGGCUUUCUCGCAACCCCCCCCCCCCCCCGAAAGCACCAAGUCAUAUACCUUUUUUAAAACAUGUCAUGAAUUUCCAAAUAUCCGUUUUUUAAAAUUCUUUAUCACAUUUCAAAAAAGUGCGGUGGAGUGGAUUAUAAUGUUGGUCACAACAUUUAAAAAAGUUCCAUCAAGUAUUGCAUUUGGAGGAUAUUUGUUAUUUAAAUGGGGCCUUAAGGAAAUGUGAAUCUCUCAAACGGGGCCGACUCCUUACGGUACGCACACCAGUAUUUGUACCUUUCUUUGUCCAUAAACCUGUUGACUCUGGUCUAUUUACUCAUCAGCGGACGUAAUACUCUUUGCCUCUGACGCCGUGUGCUUCCAGGUGUUUGUCUAAUGUAAAGCGGAAUGUACACAACAUAUCCCCCUGUAUAAAAUGCCUUCUCUCGUGGAGUCGUUCAGUCGUUUGUACAGCGCGUCACUACUGAAUGUCAACGACAGCAGAAGUAUUGCACACAUGCAGCAGCACAUCCAAGUAGUGUUAACUGUUUCCUCCUUCAUUGUGAUGUAAAUCAAGAGUAUUCACAGAAUAACAAAAUAAGUCUUUACUAAUGUGAAACACUGUAAGAUGUCAGUAAUGUACACAUGAAUAGCAUGAGCAACUGUUCAUUUCACUGUACUGCCAUUGUAAAACAAUAAAACAUUGAUAUAGUUCA